AUGUCAAAUUACGGACUUACGAUUAAAGUCGUCAAUGCUAUUUUGUUUUUGGCUUUGUUUGGAGAUUACCUGUAUUCGGUUUUUAAGUUUGGAAAGCUUCCGCAUCACGGCGACCCAACACUUGGAAAUCAUCCAACAAUAAUCACUCCUGCUCCGUACUCUUUUUAUAUUUGGUAUCUAAUCAAUUUUCUCUUUUUCGGUUUUAUCAUCUACCAAUUUUUCCCCGAUGCAAACGACGUAGUUGUCAAUGGGAUCAAAUGGCACUUUCUCGCCUUCGCCAUUCUAAAUCUACUCUCAGUGCAAUUUUGGCUCAAAGAUGAUCUCAUAAUUUCCUGGCUCGUUACUGCGGUGCUUCUCUCGCAAAUCUCAUUCGUCUAUUACCGUAUACGAAACGAAUUUCCUGCGAACACAUUAUUGGAUAAAAUUUUUGUUCAUGCUCCAUUGACAAUGUAUCACGCAUGGACUGUGGUGAUUUUGGUGAUUACUUCUUUCGCUGCAUUUAUCCCAGAAGACGACGAAAAGCAACCAGAUGAGGAAGAAAGACAAAUUAGUUUGGUACAUUAUCUCUGGGUAUUUGUGGCAUUUGUCGUGCUGGAGGGUAAUAUGUGGGCAUAUAAUAUAUUCGGAGAUGGAGAUGCGUUGGGUGGUCUUGCUAUAGCGUGGGCAUUUUUUGGCAUUUCACAGGGGCAACAUGAGACUGAAUUGAUCCAUGUCUCGGCUAGAGUGCUGGCCAUUUUUACGAUUGCAUAUUCCGCUAAUCCUUUAAUUAAAAAGUUCACAGGGAGCGGAUAUAGAAGCACCGGUGGUGAAAAUGCUCCUUUGUUAAGUUAG